UUGCUUCAGGCUCCACUCACGAAAAAGACGUUGGAGGAUCGUAUCAUCCUUGUGCUGAGUCUGUAUGAUAAGAUAGAUCCGAAGAAGCUUACUUUGGAUUCUGAUUUUGUGCAGGAUCUAGGUCUUGAUUCACUCGACCACGUUGAGGUGAUUAUGGCUAUGGAGGACGAGUUUGGAUUCGAGAUUCCCGAUGGGGACGCAGACCGGCUGAAGACACCUCGAGACAUAUUUCAAUAUAUUGCGGAUAAGGAAGACGUUUAUGAUUGA